GCCCAAGUACCCCGUACUUUUUCACUACGAGGAUGUCGUCGAUUUCCUUCCUAGACUUCAAAUCUUCACGUUAUUCCUGUCGAGAGUCUGCGGGCAGCCUCAUGAUUGUUGUUUGGGUAUCGUGAAGACUCCGCUGCUCUCUUAUGACGAGACUCCCUUCCAUCCUGUGAUUGCCAAUUCCCAGCAAUCAUGUCGAUGCCCAGUGCACUACCUCUCAGUCCUCCGUCCACCUCUUCUCGCAGGAAAACGUCCCUACUCAAAUCUCUCGCCAAUGCUACAGGCACACCGGAGUCUCCUGCAUCCUUUCCAUCAUCAUUAAACUCUGGGUCCCGAAAACGCGUCGAAUUCUCCCCCUGGACGAACACCCACGAAUCUCUCCCCGGCCCCCAACGGCUCCCCUCCAGUUUGCCCCGAGCAAAACCUAUCCCAUCUUCGUCCGAAUGUCAAAGUGCCCUCAAGUCGAUUCUUAAGCCUGCUGCAGUCGGAGAGCAUAUCUUACAGUCGAGGGAUGUGCGACCGUAUGAAAAUCGAUCGAUGAACGAAAUGAUGGAGAGCAUUGUAAACCAGCUGUCACAAGACGACAGGUCAGUUUCGGUAGACGCAUACCGGACGCUGGCCGGGGUUAUCCGAGAGUAUGACGAGAUCCCAGAGGAAGCAGUCCUCAAGAGCAAGCUCACAACCAUUUUCAAAUACAUCAAGCGGGAUCUCCUCAGACAGGCAAAGCCGAAUGAGUCUCAGAUUGCGGAUACCAAUCUCAUGACCCAGGCAUUGAAAGUCCUUGUUAUCUUUGUCUGGAACCGGGACUAUGCAUCUUUACUGUCCGACGAACAUCGAGUUUUUAUCCUGGACCGCUCUAUCCAAGUUAUUGCUGAACAUAACGCUUCGAAAAGUGUCAUCAUCCACUACCUACAUUUACUGGCGACACAGGAUUUUCGCUCAGGCCUGGUCAACUCGAGCAACCGUGUCCCACGACUUCUGGAGGCCAUGAAAGUGCUUCCGGAAUACAUCAAAGGCAAUGGAAUAGUGUCUGAAAGAUUACUUGUCUACCAGAAGCUCCUCGAACAAGCAAAAGCCGCCAUGAAAGCAAAAGCCGACCUCUGGGUUGAGGAACUUUUGAUUGGUAUGACGAAUCCGUUGAAGGACAUUCGUGACAAGGCCAUGUCCUUGGGCUUGAAGGCUUGCCUUGUGUUUCCUAUCUCAUCGUCAAUUGCGUCAACUGUACGAGCAGUUCUAGAACGAGAGCUCGACUCAGAACGAACCUUUAGUUCUGCCAUGUGUCGAAGGCUUGAGAAGAUGGUAUCCACAAAAGAGGAAGUUUCCCAGGUACCGCAGAUAUGGGCCAUUGUCAUUCUACUGAGCAAUGGUCUUGACACGCGCGUUGACAAUUGGGCUGAAAUGAAGGACUGGCUCAAGGUCAUUCAACGGUGCUUCAAUUGCAGCGAGACGGCUAUCAGACAGCAGUCGAUUUUGGCAUGGAACCGACUUGUCUACGUUGUUCGACCUCACGAAGCCUCUGACACUUAUACAUCGAUGCUAGCAAAACCCUUGGCUGUUCAGUUAGAGCGAUCAGGAGCUGAGAAGGGUGUCAAGGUCACACGUGCACCGGCCGUAUCGAGUUACUGCAACCUCCUAUAUUAUGCAUUCCGACCAGCCGCAACACACAAGCAGUACACACGGGUCUGGAACGAAUACAUCGUCAAAGUCAUGAAGAGCUCUUUCUUCGACAAGAACACUGCAAACCCUGAUCUUGCUUGUCGAGUUUUGAUUGCAUUACUAUGGAAUUCAAGCAAGAGCACCAAGGUCUGGAAUGAGAACCGAGCACUCGAAAGUACACCUGUCGAACCCGAAGAACUUCCCACCAUCGACUGCAAGUGGGUCCGCGCCAGAAGCGCAGCUAUCGUCGAAAUGUUUCGCGUUCUCUUCCGAUACAGCUCUUGGGGCGCAUCUGGACAAUCGGACAGAGCAUAUAUUGCUGUUGCAUGGACUCACUUUCUGAAGGCAAUUCGCGAGGCGAGCAGCAAGGAGAUCAAGCCUUCUUCUGAAACCAAGCAAGCUACUGCUGUUGUAGUUGAGUUUCUAUCGUCCUUGUGGUCGGAAAAAAGCAAUAAACAAGCAUGUGCUCAGGGAUUGGAGCAUGCACUGACUGAUGCACAACUUCGACAGAUAACGCGAGGGGUCCUUCAGGAGUUAGGCUGUGCUUCUCUCUUAGCUGCACUAGAGGCUCCCCAACCUGCACAUGGGAGAGCUCCGAUUAUCUCAGAGAUCUUUGUUUACAUCGGUAUCGAGAUUAGGAAAGUGAAAGACCAUGAGAGUAGCCGUCUGCACACACAGUCCCCCAAACUUGCGCUUCAGAUUUUGAAUGGACAAUAUCACAAAGCUCUGGGCUUGCUCAACACAUGGUCGACGGAGGAAAUCAAUUCGGGAGAGCAUCGCCAUGAAAAGAUGUUGGCCGAGAUUAUUGACACCGUCAUCCGUCUCAUCACCAGCACUUCUGAGCAAGACCUUUUGCAGAGUUGCGCUUCUCUGGCCCCAACACUUGAAGUGUUUUUGAAAGAUGAGAGCCACUACUUUGGCAGUAUCAAGGAGCCUGACCUGGAACAAGCGUACCAAAACCUCGCCAAGUUUGUCGCAAGUGUCCUCAUCAGGAUUCCGCCGACGGAGAUUCUCGCACUGGACGGAGUCUACGCAGCUUUCUUUGAGACUACCAAUGAUACUGUUCUUGAAAGAGCUAGUGUGAUCUGGGACAAAUAUCUCGCAGUGCAUGAUAACAUCACUCUCGGACCGCGUCUCUCCGAUGCUGUCUACAGCCUCGCAGACCCUAUGUCUAAGUCAUCAACUGGCAACGGGCAUCUGGAGGAUGAUGGACAUUGCAUGCCUUCACCAUCACGAGCCCCGGGAACCACAGCCGGCCGAUCCCCAGAAAGAGAUGGUUUCCUGAGUCCGCGAAGAUUGGAAGCUAUCUAUGGUCCAUCGCCCAUCUUGGGUAGCCAGGGCUAUCAACAAGUUGGGACGAUGAAUGAAAUGGCACAGUCAAGCCCAACAAAACCAUCUUCCAGACCUCGAUCAAGACAUGACGACUCCCAGAUCAACUUUGUUCCGAUUGAAUCAUCACCACCUGCAGAUACCGAAAACGAUUCUCAAUCCCUUACAGCGCAUCAGAAGGAAGUUCGCGAUAGACAGCGUACAGAACCGGCAGUGGUAUUUCCAGACUUGAGGUCCAGUCCUAGACCACAGAGUCGGUCGAUGAAUUAUGGAGAUUGUGAAUUUGCCAGAAAGGCAGCAGCGUUGGAUGAACGACCAACAACGCCCACUCUACCCGCAAACCAUGAUCAAGAGGCAGAGAUCAUGGCUUCCCCAACUCCCCGAGCUCGACAUUCCACCAAAAAUAUAACCGACAUCGAAGUACCUUCAUCGCCACCUUCAAUGGGCGAACAAGUUGGUGACAACCAAGGUUCCCCCUUGCAGACUCCCGCAGAAGAAACAAACAUGGCGAUUGACUUGGUAUUGCAACCGGAGGUCAUCGAAAGGCCAACGAAUGCCGUUGAAGAUCAUGCGAUGACUGAUGACUCUGCAGUCGAACGUGCCAAAAAGAACAUAUCUCACCAGUCUCCUGCUCCUCUUCCCGCUGUCAAGACUGCAUUAGUUGAAGCCACCGGUUCUCAGAAUUACCCUCCUUCCACUGUUGAUGAAACGCCAAUAAACGUCGAUGGUGAAGGUAAAGUAAUGGAUGCUGGCGGCCAAGUGAAGAGCGGAGUAGACAGCGACGACAUCGACAUGCUCAGUGCAUCGCAACUCUCUCAAGAUCUCGAUCGACAUCUUAGUCAGGUUGUCGAUGUAGGUCCUAUGGAACCUUUCGAGCCCAGCGAGGCUCAGGAAGAGGACAGCACAAGCUCCAACAGGAAACAGCGAAAUACUCGCAAACGGAAGACUGUUGACUAUACUCUCACAAAGUCAAAGAGAAGGAAAUCAAAACCAUCGCCUCAAACAUCUUCAGAUGUGGUGGAGAGCCAAGAUUCGUCAAAUGCAGACUCUAAUGAUGCCGAGUUGUUGGACUGUAUUGAAGUUACGGGUUCGUUGGAGCCAGAGACUGACGUUCAAGCUACCGCUGUUGAAGAAAGACGACCUACCGAAUCUGCGUCGCCACCUAAAUCUCGUCGCGGAAGAAACAAAAGAAAAUCACGGCUUUCUCGGUCACAAGAGUCUCGGCGUUCAAAUGUCGAAGUCGUGGUCCAUCCCGCUACAUCACAAGUUGCUGAAGUAAAGGAGGCAACGACGACAGAAGAGGAGGGACUAGAUGGGGUUUCGGAAGAACCUCAAAGCAGGGAGGAUCAUGACUUGGCAAUGCCAGAGGUUGAAAGGAUUGAGCGGGACAAUAUCGUUGAAGAGGAAUCGGAGCUUCUUGUGGCUCCUCUGCCGGAGAUGGUUGACGAUACCGCUGGGCCGUCUACUGAACCGAGUAUCAUGUCAUCCUUACAAGGCGUUCUGGAACAACUCAAGUCUUCGAAGCCAAGUGAUGUUGAUUUACGGAUGGUCGACGAUCUAUGCUUUCAGAUUCGAUUUCAAGCUCAAGUGGUUACUCAACAAAAGGCAAACUGAUGUCCGGCGAAUACAGCAGGUGGAUAAUAAAGUCGCCGAUUUGGGAUGUGAGUAAUGGUGUAUGGAGGGGAGAGAGUAUUGAUAUGGUGUUGGCUCUAGCAGAUAAGUAGUAAAUGAAUUAUA